CAGAUCCGUGGAUUCUGGGUUUUUUUUUCUUCUUUUCAAAAAGCUCUGACGCUUUGUUUCCUUCCAAUGGCGUUUUGAAAUUAUUCACAGCAAAAAUCUCCCGUCAAUACAUACAAACGUAGAGUGAGAAAGUGAGAUUCGAAGAGGGAAGAAGAGAGAAAUCUCACUCGCACACAGUCGCAGUUGAAGGCCGAGUCCUGGAUCUUCGCUCGUUCCUCAGUGGUUACCUGUAUACUGUUGUUCUGAUUCAUCAGAUCUGAAGAAACUGAAGAGUGUGGUGGUGGUUGUUGUAGAUAUUUUCAUACGAACUUAUAUGAUCGAUGAAGGUGAUGCUGAUCUGCUGAGAAUAUGGUGGUUGUGGAGGAGAUCUAAAAUCUAGUGUUAUGUAGUAGCAUUUCUGAACCCCAAUUGCAGAUCUCGUGUUGAUAUAGAGAUAUAGUACUCCCUUUUUGUGUCCAGUUCCCUGUUUAUCACUUCCUGCUAGAUAUCUUCGAGUUUGGAGAAGUGAGUUAGGGGUAUUUUGUGAGUUCAGGGUUAGGAGCCGAGUUGACUCAGUGGUUUGACUCAGAUGGAGACGCUUGUUGUAGUUGCUCAGCAUAGGAACCAGUACUAUAACAAAUCUAAGGGCCAUGGCCCUGGUCGGUUUGGGUCCUUUGGAUCCCCUCCUUCUGGGAGUUUCCGGGAGAUUAAUUGCCGGACUUUCCAGACUGGAUCGGGUAUACUCCCAACCCCACUCAAGUCUUAUUCCACCCCGAUCACCAAGCGAUCUCGAUCCACUUCUGCUUCCUUUUCACCUAAGACGCCUUCUCCGUCAGUUAAUUCUCAGUCUGAAGAUCAGAAAAACAAGAUAAGAUCUGUCAGAAGUAGUGCAAUACCAAUUAACCUCAAACUGGGUGCCAGUUCUAGAAAGGGUAGUUCUUUCAGUGAGGAUGUUCAUUUCUCGGAGCGCUGGGCUGGUCCUACAUAUUCAAACUCACCUCCUCCUAGUUCAUUGCCUAUGCCCAAGUUUUCUUUGAAGCCUAAGCGGACUGUUUCACUUGAGUUACCAUCCUCAGCUUCUGCUAUUGAUGAUUUUCGUCCCAUUGCUGUAUCUGCACCAGCUUCCCCUACCAGGGAACGCAGCCCUUCUCCGGGAGAUUUGUUUGACCUUGAUGACUCUGCGACGAAGUGUCUUCGUCGUAUUCUCAAUCUUGACAUUACUGAUGAUUAAGGUUUACUGGAGGCAACUAGACCUCCUUUAUAUAGGGAAAGGAUCUAGUUUCUCCUAAGGGGUUAGUGGUAGAUUGUAUAUAUAUGGUGAAUAAACCAGUUCUAUGGUGACUACUUCUAGUAUGUUGUUCAGUUUUUGUAAGUGGUUGUGCAAGGGCAAGAGCAUACCUGUCAGGAAACUGAAAAGAUUAAAAAAAGGCUUGCAAGAACAGCUAAGGUUGGGUAUAUGGUUGAAGGUGGUUCAAAGGUUUGAAUGGCUGGUUGGUCAGCUAUCUCCAGAUUGCUUUGAAGGUCUAUUUACUUGGAUGCUACAAUUUGGACGGGUAUUAAGGGUGGUGAAGUGAAAUCAGAAUCUGAAACUCACGAGUGGUGAUCUGCUAUUAUAAAGCAUUUAUAGUUUGCAGUCCUUUUGACCCAACUUAAUGGAGGUUUCAUCAUACCUGCAGAUUUCCAUGCUGAAUGCCUAAUCCUUGAGUACUCUCCUGUGAAAAAUCUCCAUCUCUGAUUUCCUCUUCUUCAGUUAGAUUUUUUUUUCUCACAUAUAUUGUGUAUAUACACAAAAUCCCUGACUUUGAAUAGGUUUCACCUUGUUUAGGAACCUUCGUCAUUGUAACCAUAACCUAGCCCUUUGUUCCUGGACUUUACCUCAACUUCCCCGGGUUUAAUGACGAAUUGCCUGUCUGUAACUUUAGCUUAUAUGCUAACUGAAUAGGCUAUUUAGAGAACUGUUUCAUUCCAACUUCUUGUCCUUCAAUCCCCAAGUUGUCCUUUUUUCCUUUUUACAUUCUUAUCUUCUUUCUUUAGUUUAGAUAGGUUUCAGCUUUAUACUUUACUAGUAGAAGAUGCUUUCUCCUUUGCCAUGUUUCUGGUUUUUUAUAAGAAAAUGGAAAGGGAAAGCAAAGUUGGCUAUAUCCACCUCUGCUCGUCUUCUUUUGUUGUUAGCUGAGUUCUCUCUGCUAAGCAUGUUAUCCACUUCAAUUCCAAGGAUCUAUGUUUUCUCUGGAGUAUAGUUGAUUAUACCAAGCUGUUCACAAGCCCUUGUAAGGCGGAACGAAGGGAAGAAAGGUUGUUUCUGUUUCCGAACCUGGCUGUGUGUGUUCUUGUUCUAGCUGGCGGUGUUGGUCUGUUGGUUAUUUUAUUCCAUUUCUAGUCGUGUCUGUAAUUUGGUUACCCCCGUAUGGUAUCGUCACAAGCUGCGUUUAUGUGUAAUGUCCUGUAAUGCACUCUCUUCAAGUACUCUAUCCCCAAGUAGUCAUAUGGGUAAUGCUUUGUCUGUCUUUUGUUAAAAAUGAAUAUGUUGUUUGACUGUGUUCUCUAAUUGGUGCGUAGUGGUUUGUUUGAGAUGUUAUUA